GGAUACGUUCACAACGGCAGUUAGUUUCAGCAACAAAACAGAAGAGUCGAGUGGACCAUCAGAGAUUGCAAAUGCAUUUUUUGCGUUUGCCUUGUUUGUGGUACUCAUUGGAAACCUGAUAGGGAACUCCAUGGUAUUAUAUGUUGUGCAUCACCAAUGGAAGAACGUAAAACAGCGUGUAACCAACUCAUUAAUAGCUAAUCUGGCUUGUGUCGACCUUUCGGUUGCCAUUCUCAUCCUUUUGGCGAUAAUUAAAUCAAUCGCGUUCAGGAAUGUAGGCAUCCCAUAUGCAAAAUGUCAACUCAGUGGAUUUUUGGGCACUGCUACUGGCUCUGCGUCACUUCUUUCUUUGGCUGUAAUUGCAAUCGACAGGUGAGACUAAUUAUUUCAUUUUCAGUGUACACACAUUAAUUGUAUAGUAUCGGUUGUAGUAAAUUUAGAUAGCUAUAUGGAUAUAGAUUCGUGGCUUGCUGUUUAUGUGUCAGAAUUAGGGUCAGCAUUCAUAAACAGCAAGACAUUAAUCUAAUUUUUAAGGGACUGCAGUAAUUGGAAUCUAAGUGCCUAUAGUAAUGAAUUACAGUAAAAUUUAUUUGAAUCUAAGGGCCUAUAGUAAUGGCCUACCGUACAGCAAUUAGUGUUAAACUGUUGUGGUGUCUCUGCCUUAUGUGCAUAUAUUUCAUAAGUUAAAUUGCUUGUAGUAUUGGCGAAGCUAAAUAAAUAAAUAAACCUAUAACCAGCAGAUACUCACAGAAACUGCUGUGGAAGAGAGAACUAAUUGAAACAUGAACAGCAGAGUCAUUAACAAAACCAUUAUUUCUUGUAGGUACACAGCGAUUGUUCUAAGUCGUAGGUUCGAAUUGCGCACGGUUCGAAUCAUCAUUGCCUGUAUAUGGACAACAGCGAUUACUAUGAGCCUUUUCCCGAUCUUGUUUUGGGGGAAAUAUCACUACACGGAGAAAAGCACCGUUUGUAAACCUAAAGAUGGUCGUUUUCUGCUAUUUUUAGCAGUUGUUUGUUUUGUCAUUCCCCUAUUGACAAUGGUAUUUUGCUAUGUUAAUGUUUUCCUGAAAGUUCACCGACAUAAAAAAAUGAUCAUACAAUCACGGGGAGACUGCAGAUUCAAUACAGAAUUUAAGACCACCAAAAUCGUUUUUACCGUGCUGGCAAUAUUCAUCGUUCUUUGGACACCCUACACCGUUGUCUACGUGUCGUCAUCGAACAGUCACAGUAUGGACACCAUCCCACCCAGCGUGUUCAAGUUCUGUGGAUUUCUCACUGCAAUGCAUUCAAUGUGCAACUCUAUUAUCUAUUUUACAAUGACCAAAAGCUUCCGAAAGAUUGCUGUCAAGUUGCUGCGAAAAAUCUUUUCAUGCGUUCUCCCGGCGAACGAGGAAUCGGCCGGAACAACAGAGUCGCUUUGUUGUGAUAAAGCAAGCUGUUCUGCAAAAAUAACUCCUCUACUAGACAGAAAGGUUUUGCCUGUGCAAGUUCUUCCGAGUCCAGCACCCGGAGAUUCGAUAAUAUAAAUGAGUGACUCAAUGCAUUUAAGACUCUUAUGGGAACUGCGAUCGAGUUAUACAUUCAGAAAUUAAAGACCUCGCGUUAUUUCUAGAGUUCACAGAGAAGGGACUUCCUGCAUCACAAUGGCCUCAAGAACCUUAGUAAACGUAUAUAUUGUACACUUUAUUUAGACACGGAUUCAGUACCAUUAUGACAAAAUGAGCUGUACGUGUAUGUAAAAAAAUAGAUUACAUAUAGGCUAGUAAUAGGAAAAAUAUACUACAAAACUAAGAAGUGUUCUAUAAAGCAAAUUUACAGAGAGGAAUCAAUCUUUUAUACCAAGAAGGAUAAAGAGAAUCUGUGAUAAGAUUUUGAAAUUUAUUGAAUCACUCUUUCAAAUACGGAAACUUAAUUUUGAUUGUUAUUUCCCUUUAACACUCUUAAUUAACAGUUUAUAUAAGAAAAGAAAGCAAAGUUGAUGAAUUCUAAAACUGGAAAAGCAUGUCACGCGAAUUCCGAUAAUAUUAUUACCAUUCUGCAAAUUUUCCCGAGUGUCGAAUUCACCGGUCAAACUUUCAACUCAUUUGAUACACAAGGAAGAGCGGACUUUGAGAUUUUGUACAUAAUAAUGUAUAACAAUUCACGUACUGAGUUUAACAUACACAUGAAUCCCACCACAGGAUCAGUGUAUGCAAAUAUUGGAUGUUCAUUUACUACUACGCGCGGAUGGGUGGGGGCAUUGAUUUACUGGGAAACUUCCAAACCAAAUAAUGAAAAAGUUAGCACAUGGAUUUGUUCCAACUCUGCCUCUCAAAAACGUUUUUACUUAGUGAUAAAGGGAAAAGUGGUUUUAUAUUUGGGAGUUAUAAAGGCCGCACUUCAUAUGACUCCCAUAUAAAAACCUCUUUUUCCUCUUCAAUUCCCAAACAAAUACUCCUUUGGGUUUGAGAGGAAGACGCGUGGAGAAAUUCUGCCAACAGAAAUGAAUUUUUUGUUGAGAAGUGAGGGAGAUGGUAGGAGGCACGAAUAAUACAUUUCCUCCUGUAAAACGGAAGGCUCAGAUGAUUUACCGUAACAGGGUUUUGACAAACACUGCAAGCUAACUGUGAGCAUAUGCAGCUGUUAUGCCUAUCAAUGGUAAAUGUUAUAUAUUGAAUAUAUUCUGUACAUAUAGUUAAAACGUUGAGAAUAAAUUGUUAUCAAUUUACAG